UGCUGUUUCAUAAAUGAACUAGAUUAAUUGCUUCGAAUUUUAUUCCAUUUUUCAAGUUAUUAUUUUGCAUAUGUUUGAUGACAAAAGUUAUAUCUGUUUAGUUUUUCUUAAAUCAAUUUACUAUAUUCCGUGAUUAUAACGAAGGAUUAUAAAAACAUUUUGACGUUACAGAAAGAAAGAAAUAGAAUUUUUAUGUACAACGAGUAUUAACAUUGUAGUUAUAAAAGAUAUACAAUGUAUAUAGUAACUUAAACAAGUUAUCAACGAUAUCGUUUUGGUUUUUAUUAUUUUAUUAAGAUUUUAUUUAUAUCGGGUAUUUAGAAAUAUAAUAUCCCUAGCAUGUAUUUUAUUUGGUAAUUGUCCUAACCUAUUUAAGCUUGUUUCAUGUAUAAUCACGACAAUGUUAGCAAGUUGGUUGAUAAACAGUUUCCGUAGUACAUAUAACUGUAAUGCUGGAUACAAUAUAGGUUCAUACAUGUUUAUGCAAAGUCGCGAUUAUGCAGCUAGGAAAGGAACAAGAGAAAGGUGGAGGUUAAAGCUUAAAAAGAAGAAAGUUAAGGCAGUAGUUGAACAAGUGGGAUUUGUCCCACAUAAGCAGCGUAAGAAGGAAACGAAGGUGGAAGUUUGUCCACUUACUACCAUGAAUGAAAGUUGGAAAUGGAAAGCAGUCGACGAUGUGUACAUAGUAAAAUAUCAUCAGCGGCCGGUGUAUUCAUUAAAAGAAGCUAUAGAAAAUCACCGUGAAACGCAUCAUCCAACUAUUCUUAAUAAGCCUAAUGCAGUUGUUAAUGCAUUUAUAGAAUUAAAUAUGAGGCGUGAGAAGAAGAAUAGGUAUCUCGAUAAAUUUACGAGAAUCAUUGAUACACCACAUAUAUUUACUUAUGGGCAACCUCAGAGAACGGUAUUAGCCUUUUGCAAGAAUCCCCAAGAACAGGAGAAUGCUAAAAAUGCUGGAGCUGACUUAGUCGGUGGUAUUGAACUGAUAAAAAAGAUUCAAAAUGGGACAUUUGCUUUCAAAGAAUAUGAUUGUAUCGUAGCUCAUGCUGAUAUUUUAACCGACUUGUUAUUAGUUAGGGGCUUGCUAAAAAAGAGAUUUCCAAAUUUGAGAGCAGGUACUUUGGGUAAUGAUAUGAGCCAAUUAGUUAGAAGGUACAAAGAUGGAAUCGGAUACACUGCAGAGCCUCAUAAAUCUUUCAAAGAAUAUGGUCAAAUUAACGUGACUUUUGGUUUGCUUAACAUGGACACGCAGGAAUUGGAAGAAAACUUUUCCUCGCUAAUUAAUGACGUUGAAUCGAUGAGACCAAAACGCGAUGGAUUAUUUAUCGAGAGAGUUCAAAUAAGUAGUGAAUUGUCUAAAGAAUCUUUUAAAAUUAACCAUCAAGAUUACCUUGCAACAAGUAACGAAGAAGAAACAAAAGAGCAAGAACAAGAUGAAACAGCAAUUAUUAGUACGAGUUAAUUAUUUGAUGUACCGCAAAUAAAAUUACUCCUAACUAUAAAUUAAGCAUUA